GCAAUAAUAUCAAGAAGAAGACGAGAGCGGAAGUGGUGAAGGGGAGGAGGAGCGCAAACACCGUCCACGCAUUUUUAUAUUAAGAUGGGAGACAGUGAUGAUGAGUAUGAUCGCAGGAGAAGAGACAAAUUCAGACGGGAGAGAAGUGACUAUGACCGGUCAAGAGAGAGAGAAGACAGACGCAGAGAUGACUGGAACGACAGAGAGUGGGACAGGGGCAGGGAACGGCGCAGCAGAGGAGAGUACCGGGAUUAUGACAGAGGUCGUAGGGAGAGAUUCACUCCGCCCAGACACGACAUGAGUCCUCAGCAGAAGCGCAUGAGAAGAGACUGGGAUGACCAUGGUGGAGAUCCUUACCGUGGAGGAUACGACUUGGGUUAUGGUGGUGGAGGAGGGCCCAGCUUUGGUCCACCACAGCACUGGGGCCAUCCUGACCUGCACCUCAUGCAGCCUCAUCAUGGCAUCCCCAUUCAGGCGAGGCUCGGUAACAUCCAUGACAUGGAUUUGGGUCCACCUCCUCCCAUAAUGAAGAGCUUUAAGGAGUUCCUGUUGUCCUUGGAUGAUUCUGUGGAUGAGACUGAGGCAGUCAAACGCUACAAUGAGUACAAGAUCGACUUCCGCCGGCAGCAGAUGCAGGACUUCUUUUUGGCUCAUAAAGAUGAAGAGUGGUUCAGGUCCAAGUAUCACCCAGAUGAGGCCAGCAGGCUAAAGGCAGAGGCCCACAGUGCCCUGCGCAACCGUCUCAAUGUCUUCGUGUUCCUGAUGGAGAACAGCUGGUUUGAUAAUGUCUCCCUGGACAUUGAACAGACCCCCGCCAUCAUCAAGGUUCUGGAUGCAGCCGUGAUAAAGAUGGAGGGAGGGACAGAUCAUGACCUUCGCAUCUUGGACAUGCCGUCUGAAGAGGAGGAAGAAAGGGAGAAGUUGGCAUCUGCUUCAGGGGGUGCAGAACCUCCCAAGAGAGAGGAUCUCAAAACCUCGGACGGUGACCGCAAACCCACAGUAGAGAAAAAUAAAAACGAUAAGGAGGAGAGCGACUCUGCCAGCACAGAGCGAGCUGCUGCGACAGAAGGGGAGGAUGUGAAAGAGGAGGCAGAGAAAGAAGCUGCCAAAGAAGAAAUGCCUGAACCCAAGAAACCGAGAAGAAAGAGGAAGCGCAGCGGAGACAGCGAUGAUGAAGCCAGCGCCUCGGAGAGUGACUCCGACUCGGAUUCAGACUCAAAUUCCAACUGCUCUGAUAAACCUGUGAAGAAAGAAGAGGUAGAAGACAAGGAUGAGGAGGAAGAGGAGGAGGAGGGUGAAGAGGAGAAACCGAAGGAGACUGCUGGGGAGGACAACACAGAAGAAAAGAAGCCCAAAGAUGACUCCCCCAGGCCGCGUCCUCUCCACAGGACCUGCUCUCUGUUCAUGAGGAGCAUCGCUCCCACCAUUUCUAAGGCGGAGAUUAUUGCUCUUUGCCGGCGGUACCCCGGCUUUCUGCGCGUUUGCUUGUCUGACCCCCAUCCAGAGCGCAGGUUUUUCAGACGUUGCUGGGUGACGUUCGACCGCAGCGUCAACAUCAAAGAGGUCUGCUGGAACCUUCAGAAUAUCCGACUGCGCGACUGUGAACUGGCACCAGGGGUGAACAGAGACCUGGCCCGCAGGGUGCGUAAUAUUAAUGGCAUCACUCAGCACAAGCAGGUGCUCCGCAAUGACAUCAAGCUGGCUGCCAAGCUCAUUCAUGCCUUGGAUGAGAAAGGAGACCUGUGGAGCAUCAAGUCCCUGGAAGAGAGUACAGAGUUCCCAGCCCAGAACCCCAUCUUGAAGAACAUAACCGAUUACCUGAUAGAGGAGGUGAGUGCUGAGGAGGAGGAGCUCCUGGGCUCCGGGAGUGGGAUGGAUUCUGAGGAGAGCGCCAAGGAGGGAAACCCAACAGAGACGACUGUGGAGAGGGAUGACAAACUAGCCAAGGUUUUAGAUCGUCUGAUUUUGUAUCUGCGUGUUGUGCAUUCAAUCGACUACUACAACACCUGUGAAUAUCCCAGUGAGGAUGAGAUGCCGAAUCGCUGUGGCAUGAUCCAUGUUCGAGGACCCAUCCCUCCUAACCGCAUCACACAUGGAGAAGUGCAACAAUGGCAGAAGAUGAUGGAGGAGAAGCUGAGUCCAUUGUUCAGCUUAAAAGAAGUCUUGUCUGAGGAGGAGGCGAGGAAGAUGGGCCGUAAGGAUCCCGAGGAGGAGGUGGAGAAGUUUGUAAAUGCCAACACUCAGGAGCUGGGGAAGGACAAAUGGCUCUGCCCAUUAAGUGGCAAGAAAUUCAAGGGUCCAGAGUUUGUACGGAAGCACAUCCUGAACAAACACGGGGACAAAAUUGAAGAAGUGAAAAAAGAAGUUGUGUUCUUCAACAAUUUCCUGAUGGAUGCCAAGAGACCUUCGCUGCCAGAGAUGAAACUUCCUCCUCUUCCAGGCCCAGGUUUGCUUUCUCCCAGCAUGCCAUUUCCUCCUCAAGGUCCUCAGGGUCCAAUGGCAUUUGGACAGCCUCGUCCCCCACUGAUGGGCUACGGUGGCGGACCUCCUAACCCCCCUUACCAAUAUGGAGGAGGCAGAGGCAACUACGACAACUUCCGUGGACAAGGUGGCUACCUGGGAAAGCCACGCAACCUCAGAAUGUCACGCGGCGAUCCACGCAACAUCAUUGAAUAUCGCGACCUGGAUGCACCAGAUGAUAUGGACUUCUUUUAGAAGGUUCACUUGGUCUUUUCAGUCUUCACUCUUUGGCAGUGUUGUGUUCUUGUUUCUUCUGGUAAUCAUUAGAUUUUUUUCCUUUCCAAAAUAUUUCAUUUUGUAAUUAUUGCGCGACAAGAACAAACUUUUGAUGUAAACUGGUUCCUCAAUAAAGUUGUGAUCAAAUGAUA